CUGAAUGUACCAUAAGAUUUAUAUACAAACUUGCCAUAUGAUUUGUGACAGAUAAAACGUCAAACAAAAAUAAAAAAAAACGAAAUAUAAUAAAAAAUUUCACUUCCUUCAAUUCGAGGACAAAUCAAAUUUAUUUAAAAAAUCCUUUCAAUUGGUGAAUCGGACAAACUAAAUCCUAGUGACGUCAUCAGAUAUAUUUUCGCCACGCCUUGAAAUGAGUGGCAAAGUUCGUUUAAAGGAAAAUGGGUAUCUCGAUGAAGACCCAAUGACACUUCAAGAUAUCAUUUAUAAGUAUAUAUGUGAAAACUUAGAUGUAAUAAGUACGCCAAACAUCUGUGGUACCCAACGGCAACUAAAUGAGGGCAUCGUUCUUCCAAAUGACAUUUGCGACCGGCUGUUGACAGCAUGCCAGCGCUUUCGUCGCCAAUUGGGUGAUGAUGUGAUAAAUAUUUUUCAGGAUAGUACGCGAACCUCGUUAAAAAUAGUGCACUUGAGAAAUAGCCCUUUAACUAAUACAGGUUUGGAGAUGCUUAUGCGCCAUAAGUUGUAUUCCCUUACGAUAUGGUACUGUAAUCAAAUAAAUGUGCAAUCGGCCAAGCUGCUGACAUUAUACGGUGAGGGUCUUCGCUCUCUAGAACUCGGCAUUAAUGCGCACAUGCUGCAAAGUUCUGAGCCGAACGAGAAAGAACCUGUAGAUUUUGAAUUCAAUUGCCCGCAUCUUCGUCGAUUAGUUUUAAAUGGUGUAGUGCUGCAUAAUGGCUUGCGACUAAAUUGUCUACUCGAACUAACCCAUCUUGAUUUGACAUCCUGUGUAUUAGGUGGCUUCAGUUUGGAAGUACUAGCUAGCCUGCCACUACUACAUACUCUAAUAUUAUUUAAUGUAUGGCCAAUUGCUAAUCAAUUGCAAGCAAUUUGCCUGCUGCGACGCUUGCGUACAUUGGACAUUUCAAUCAGCAAUUCUGGCAAUGGACAUGGAACCUACGAUUUACCCGAUCAAACGUUGGAAAUGAUAAUGAACAACUUACGAGAACUAACACAUUUGGAUAUUUCGGGUACAAAUCUAGCGGGCACCGGUGUGGCAACGAAAGAAUCGAAUUUCAAAUUGCGCACCGAUAUACCGGGCCUGGAGUCGCGCAUACAGCGGCCAUUACAGUUUUUGGGUCUCUAUCAUACGGCGCAUUCAGCUUGCAAACGGCACGAUAUACCGGCGAAUGAGAUCGCGGGUGACGCCAAUGAACUACAAAUCCUUACGGCGGCAAGGUAUUACUAUGACAGGCCGAUGCUUCUAACGAGAGUUUUGAAUGAUCUGUACCACCUUUUCCGAUUUGAGAUUUGUAAGGACAUACAUCUGGCUUUAGAUGCCGUGCUCACAGCUAUGGAUAGACAUUUGAAAUUCAAGCACAUGCAAAUUUCGGGAAGUGCUACGCUAUUUUACAUCGUUAAGGGGCGCGAUCGCUCAAAAUUCGGUACUCCCUUGCGCCAUCACAUUAUUCGUACACUACUCAACGGUAUGGAAACGCAUCUUACUGAUGAUACGAUGCUCCGAAAUGGUUAUCUAACGUUGACACAAUUUCAAAUGCCAAAUGAUGUCUUGUUCGUGUAUGAGCGUCUCAUAAAGGUCUUGCUGCAUGGCGUCUCGAAGACUGAGCAAGAAGGCUUUGUACAGAGGAUAGCGAUAUAUUUAUUGAACACGUUGGCGUGUCAGGUGGACGGCAAGCAAAAACUGUUCUUAGGCGAGUUGGGUGUCGUUAGUACAAUGUUAAACUUAAUUAAGGAUCGUUUAACGCGGUCGGUGUUUGAUGAUGUCAUGGAAGUGGCAUGGUCAACAAUGUGGAAUGUAACAGAUGAGACUGCAAUAAAUUGUAGAAGAUUUUUGGAGGGACGUGGAAUGGAGUAUUUCUUGAAAUGUCUGCGUACCUUCCCCGAUCGUGAUGAGUUAUUGAGGAAUAUGAUGGGCCUCUUAGGUAAUGUCGCAGAAGUUAAGUCGUUGCGACCAAAACUUAUGACACAAGAAUUUAUAGAAGUUUUUCGCAACUUAUUAGUGUCGGCAAGUGACGGUAUCGAAGUAAGUUACAAUGCGGCGGGUGUGCUGGCGCACAUCGCAUCGGAUGGACCAGAGGCAUGGACAAUACCGUCGCCAAGUCGAGAUAGCGUGCUCAUACGCUUAGUGGAAGCCAUUAGGCGUUGGGAUAUAAAAAGCGAAAGGAACAUCAAUUAUCGCAGCUUCGAACCGAUUUUGGGAUUGGUGCGCUGCUAUGAGACGCCACAAUGCCAACACUGGGCUGUUUGGGCUCUGGCCAAUUUAACGCAGGUUUACCCAGAGAAAUAUUGCCAGCUGGUGAAGGAGGAACAUGGUAUAGAAAUAUUGACUGAACUGAUUCAAGAUCCACGACCAUACGAGGAUAUAAAGUUAAUUGCGCGCAAAGUAAUUGAAAAGUGUACACAUUGGCCCAAUUGGCUGCUAGACGGCUAAAAUCAGUACAGUUGUGUAAAUUUAUGAAAAAUCAAAAUUAGUAAGAGUUGAGAUAGAGAAUAUCACCGAAUAACAAGUGAGCUAAGCUAACUAAAGCAAGAGCAAACGUAAACGAGCGGCACUCGCAUUGGCAGGUAUCAGCGAGUAUAGACAUUUGUGUAAAUUUGUUCUCUGCUUCCUCUCAAGAAAUGUUUAUUUUUAAAUGGUAUACUGUUUAUUUAAAUUAUACACAAACGAUUAUAUUACAUUAUCAUAAAACAAUGUAAAAUUAUUAACGUAAGACCGAAGUCGCGAUAAGGAAUUCAUGGGUUAAGUAAGCUAAAUAAUAAUAACAAAAAAAAAAAAAAAACAAAACAAAGAAAACAGUGAAAGCAAUGUACGGAGGAGACACGACUUCGUCAUUUCAAUAUUUACAACGCAUGUAUAUAGAUUAUGUUUGCUCGAACUUAGCCAUUUAAUAUCAAUUAGAACAACAACAAAAAUAAUAUUGCUUAUGGGAGCUGUUAGCAACUGUGGCGUUUUUUUUUCAUUGUAAACUCAAAGAGAUUAACCGCUCAUCAAAAGAAAUGAGUAAUGGACAAAAACAAAAAAAUAAGUGAAAUACAAAAACACAUGAGAAAACUCUACCCUAGGUGGUGUUCUUAGCAUUAAUAUACUAUAUAUAUAUAUACAUAUGUAUUCAAACAUUUAUCAUUCAUUACAUACAUACAUAGGUCAUGUAUAAAACAUAUUUCAUACCAGUUUAUUGCAGAUUCACUUACCAUUCAAUUACAUUACAUAAUAUACAAUGUAAAUCCAUUAUAAAAUGCAACUUGUUUUCAUGCCAAUCACAAUUGUAAAUAUUCCGUAUAAAAAAGCCGUUAUAGUAGUGCGUAUAUUUGAGUUUUAUUAUUGUUUUUUAAUCAAAAAUCUUACGAUUGUUCUUUCAAAAGUUGAGCUAUGUAGAUGCAAGUUGUAGUAAAGAAGAGUGGGAGAGUUAGUUGGACCUUAAAUUAUUUUGUAUUGCAAUACAUCCAUAAACCAUACAUACAUAUGUAAGUACAAUUAGUGGCAGCUAUGCGUAAUUUAAUUAUAGUACUUAUGUAUAACCGUUUGGUUGGGUCUUAACUUCAGCCUAAAUAAAUUAAUCAUAUUUACUCUUCAUCGAAAUAGUUGUUGAAUGCUCUGGUAGAGGAGCGUUGCAGUAGUAAUGUGCAAGAUAUUUAAAUUCACGCCCGCCGCUCCACUUUCGUCAUAAGCUCUUUGAAAUGCAGAA